CCCUGGCUUUCUACACAGCUUGAAAAGCAGAGGCGCUCCGACCUCCACAGCUCACCUAGCGCUGCCGAACAAGCGGAUAUAACCUAAAAAAAAAAGAAAGAAUAAAGACAAGAAAACCGGGAGGGGAAAAGACAGGAUAUCUACUGGAAUACAACCGGUUGAAACGUAUUUCAAUCUGAGCAGACAGUUCUGUUUCUUUUUGUCGGAACAUAUUGGACACCAUGAGGAUUUUCCCCUUUGCGCUCCUGCUUGUUCACAGCUUGGUUGUGUCCAGAAUGGCCAGUGGGGCCGCAGUGGACAGUUACGGAGGCGACAGGCAGCAACACAUGUCUGUGUUCACCCUUCUGGGCACAACCAGGGGCAGGCCGGAGGAGGAGCGCACAGGUGCCACGACGGUGCAGGAGGGCCAGGAGGGCCAGGAAGAGGAGGAUAAUGAUGAAUACUACUACGACGAUGAUGAAAUGUCUGGAGACUAUUACGUGGACCUACCAAAAGUUGCCAUGUCAAGCAAACCCAAAGACCCAUCCAUUUUCUCGGACACUGCGAAAGCAGAGGGAACGCAGAAAAUGGGAAAGGGGAGAAAGAAGGGCAAAGGCAAGGGGAAGAAGAGGAACCCCUGCCUGAAAAAGUACAAGGACUUCUGCAUUCAUGGUACCUGCCAGUACCUGAGGGACAUCCGUGGCCCGUCCUGCAUCUGCCACCCGAACUACUCUGGUGAUAGGUGCCAGUUUUUCACGCUGCCGGUGCAAUCCUCGGAGGGCUACAGCAGAACCACGGCUUUGGCGGUCAUAGCCGUGGUGCUUUCGUCCGUCUGCCUCACCAUCAUCGGCCUGUUGUUAAUGCUGAGGUUUCACAAGCGUGGAGCGUAUGACGUAGAGAGCGAGGAGAAGGUCAAGUUAGGGCUGGCGUCCAACAACUGAAAGCGCCGAGAGAGGCAUACAUGCAGAAAUUCUACCUCAAGCUGAGAAAACGGAGGCGAAGAGCGACAGGAGGUCCAGUAGGAAGCAUGAACGUACGUGGAGACGGGGAGCUGAGCGCGCUCAGAUGGACGUUCGAUGUCUGAACGGCUGUGGGCGACUUGAUCGGCAUCCCCACAGGCGUCCAGAGAAGCGGAAGGCGCCUCCUAUGGUGAAGCGAAAUACCGAAUGGCUUAAAAGACGGAACCGAAGAUGGGGAUCGGCAGAAUGAAAACAAGAAGAAGGGACGACGUUUAAGGCUCUGCUUCUUGACUGUGUGAAAAGAAAAAAGAAAAAAAAAAAAACGUUUCAAGUGGAACUGAAAAUUUUAAACAGCAAGUAUAGCUCAAUCUGGACUCUUUUUCUCUCAUGAGAAAAUAUUUUGUAUUUUCCUGCACAUCUUUUUUUUUUUUUUCUGUACAGUAAACCUUAUAUUUAUAUAAGUUUAAUUUAUUUAUUUAAAUGUAUUUAUGGGGAAUAUUAUUCCCUCCUGUAGUUUUUAAAAUUGUAAUGUUACAGUUCUUUUUGUAUUUGCUAUCGAACAAUAUUUAUUUAUAAAAGAAACAGAAAACUAAAUUGCAAAAAGCUCUUUGACUCAUUUAGAAUUGAUCCUUCUCAUGUGACCGGUUUUUAUUCUAUUUUUUUCUGCCGUCCUAAAGUGAUUCAAAGCAGCGUAUUUUAAUAAACGCCAAAUAAAACGUUUAUUUGGGUAAUUUUUUUUUCUUUUUUUGCAAAAAUAAGAACAAACGCUUUGGAAGCCACCCUCUCUUACCAGGUGGGCUCGGUCGACAUAGAAAACCAGUAGAUCAAGUAGACUUUUGGGCCUCUGCUCAGCGGCACAUCAGAGUUGAAGAUGAGGGAGGGGGUACUUCCCUCGGCUCAACUUCCUCCUGCAGGCUCAGGGAUUUUUAAGGCCAGAAAAUAAAGGACUGUGUCUGUGAUUGGCUUCUGUUCUCUAAAAACAGGCUGGUGAAGAUUUUCUCUUCUUUUUUUUUUUUUUUUUUUUUCUUUUUUUUUUUUUUUUUUACAAGUUUCUGCACCAGUUGUGCAGGCGGAGCAGCCUCUCCCAAUUUAUCGAAACUGAAUCACUGCAGCGAGAACUGGGAGUGUUGGGAUAAAUUAGUCAAUGUUUUUUUUUUUUUGUCUUACCGGAGGAGAACGUUUCAAGCUGUCAACGUGGGGAGGGAAAAAAUGUGAAUUCAAGUGUUCAAGCCUUUCAAAUCCUGAUCUGCAAACUUUUUUUUUGAAGUGAUGAUUUGUGAUUGAUUUGUUCAUUGAAAAAUAAAAUAAAAAAACAUCUCAAAGUUUA